GUUCCCAACAGCGAUCACAUGCUAACUUCUGCGGACUAUCUUGAGCGCACAUCAGCAUAAUGGAUGAUGAAGAAACCUGGGCCCUAUGUAACUCUGUCGUGCCUCUUGAUUCGUGAGAUGAACAGUUGAAACUCGGCUUGUGCUCAUCAUGGUUGGAUAGCAUGUCUGCGGAGAAGCAGAUGUCGUGCUUGUGUCUUGAUGGAGAGAGCUCGAGAAACUAAUACCUUUCUUCCAUUCGUAGUGGAAGCCAUGCGUGGAAGAAAGAAGAUAAUGAUGGAGCAGCCUACUACUUCAUGGGCACUGCCUAUGCCAGUGCGACUCGCCUCGCGCGAAUUGCCCGUAAAUGAUCUCGUCACAAUGCACUUAGAGCUGAGGAGUACAGAGGAAGCGUUCGGUAUUGUACAGCGGCAGACUCCAACAUGUCACCGAAGUGGGGUGAAGAAGGCUGAUAGAUGAAGGCAGCUGUGAGUCUCGUAUACGGUGCUACGGAUAUCUUCACACACUUGCCACGACCAUGGAAUCCUAUCAAUCUCGAUCACAGAUUCUUCAAGUCAUAAUUAAAGUCCUCGUUCAAGGUUUC